AUGAGAAGGGGACAUAGAAAAAUUGAAAGAGAUAGCAAUAUUCCAUCUGAUGGAAUGAGAUCGAGUUCAAGGAAUGCUAAUUCCAAAAACAAUAAUGAUCAGGAAUCAAUUAUAAUUGAUGAUGAUAUUAAUGAAAGAUGUCAUAAUAGGAGAAAUAAAAAAAGAUGUACGAAUUUACAUAAUUCUUUUAGUGGACAAAGAAGAGGCACGAAAUUAUGUGAAGAAUCUAGUAACACAAAUAAAAGAUCUAUAAAUAAAAAUUACAAAAAAAACAAUGACGAUUCAAAAAAAGAAAUAUAUAUUAUAAGUGAUACGUCUGAUGAUACGAAACAUAAUAAUUAUAAUAAUAAUAAUAAUAAUAUGAUUUAUGAAAAAAGCAAUACAGGUACUUAUUUUAAUAAAAAAAAUGAACCUACAGAGCAAAAAGAAAAUAUAAGUUCUUCAUUAAAGGAUGUAAGUAUUAAUGAUAGAAACAGUCAAGUAACAAAUGAAAAUAUAGCUGUAGAUGGAAAUGAUUCAAUUAACAAGGGCAAUGAUAUUAAUGAGAAAUCAAAUAAUUUACAAAAUGUUAAGGAUACUACUAAUUCCAUAAAGAAAAAAUAUAAUUCUGGAAAUACUAUGCGAAUGAAAAACUAUAAUAAUACCCAUGAACAGAAUACGAUUUUUCAGAAUAGAGAAACGGAAAAUAGCACAUCUAUCGAUAAUGAUAGAUACAAUAGAAAUAAUAUAGUAGAUAUUUCUAGAGAACCAAAAAAUAAAAGCAAUGAAUCGAUACAUCCUAUGAUAUUAAGAAAUAGAGAUGGAAGUAAAUGCAUGAAACAGAAUUUACAAAAUGAUGAAGGAAAAGAGAAUGAAAACAAUAUAUCAAAUGAAAGACCAACAAGAAAUGUCACAAAGAGAAACGAUAAUAUAGAAAAUGAACAAAAUGGAAAUCAAAAAAAUAUUCAAGAAAGAGAUUCUUUAACAAAUAUUAAUAUCAUAGAAAAUGAAAGGGAUAACAUAGCACCAAAUAAUGCAAAUAAACAAAAUAUCAAAAAAGGUAAAAACAAAAGAAUGGAUGUGGAAAUAUUUGAUAUAUGUGGAAAAGAAAGGGGAAAUUCUCAAUCAUAUAUUCGUGACAUUGUUAAUACUAAUCCAAAUGAUUUAUAUGAUGAUGUAAAUAUGAAAACUAAUCUUGAUUUGCGGAUGUAUUAUUUAUCAAAUGUAAUUAGAUAUUUGAAUUGUAAAUAUGUGGAUUUAAAUAACUACCUUAAUGCAAUGAUAUAUAAAAAUAAUAAGAAUAUUGAUAUGCUUAAUAUUAUACAUAGAAGAAAUUAUGAUAACCUAAAAUAUAUAUAUUUCGAUUUGCAUUUAGAAGAAAAUAACAGUAAAAUAUCAUCUGGAGAUAUAUAUGUUCUUUUAAAUCCUAAACUUAAUAUAGAAUACGAUAAUAAUAGGUUUGAUUUUUGUACGACAUGUAUUCCAUCAAAUUGCCGUCGUCGAAUAAUUAGGAAAAGAGUUUUUAAUCCUAGUGAUACUAUUAUUAAUAAUUCUGAUAUUAAUUCUAUUAGAACUAAUAACUGGUAUAUACCUGAUUAUAGAAAUGUUCCUGAAGAAGAAAUAUAUAAUCAUGAAUUUUCUGACAAUACUGGAGGAUAUAAUUCAUUAUACAGAAGAGUUAAUUCUUAUAGAGUUAAUAGAUAUUAUUGGCAUAGAGAUACGUUUAUAGCAAGGACUAUAAAUUUGAAUUGUGAUAAUAACAUGAGUGUUUUUUACCGUAUUGAUAAGAUUACAUAUGAAUAUAAUAUAAAAAUAACUUUUGAUAAUUUCUGGAAUAUUGCUGAUCGUGAAUAUAACAAUGUAUAUUAUUAUUAUUUUGAUUUUGAUGCUAACCAAUAUUAUACAUAUAAAAUAACUAAAAUUGGACGUACUGGAAAUUCUAGUUUUAUUAAAGAAUUCUUACUCGAUAUGAAACCCGCAUUUUGGUUUUUACAAGAUAUUUUAAUUUAUUGUAGCUUAGUAUAUCAUUCCUCAUAUAUAAGAUAUGAUAAAAUGACUUCGUUUAUAAAAUUUCAUGAUUAUGUACAAGUAUUCAUACAAGAUCAUAUGAAAGAAUUCUUGGAACGUUUUGAUGCUAUUCAAAAUCCUAUAGAACCUAAAUUUAUUCAUAAUAUGAAAGCAUUUAGAAAAAUGGAAUUUAUACUAAUUUUUACUCUAUGUGAAGUAAGAACAAAAUUUGAUGGAUCUAACUCUAUUGCUAAUAGAAUAGACGCAUUCUUAUCAAAUUAUUAUUUAUUUUGUGAAUCUGAUAAAUUCAAUUUUAUAUAUCGUGCUCAGACUCUUGGAUUAAUAAAUUCUGAUGAAUCUGAUUUAUAUACGAAAACUAAUGAAUUUUUAUCUAUGUAUGAUGAAUACUUAACAACAAGAAAACGAAAUAGUAUGAAGAUACCAAUAAUAUUUAAUUCAUUUAAUAUACUACUUGAAGCACUUAUUUAUAAAUGUAUUCAAUAUGAUAUUCUGAAUACGGAUAUAAGAAAUAAUAAAAAAGAAAGAGAAAAUACUAAAAAUGUUGGAAAUAUUGGAAAUGUUAAAAAUGGUUUAAAUUCAGAAACUUUUAUAAAAACAGAAAAAAGUAAAAAUAUUGGAAAUGUUAACAAUGUUUUAAAUUCUUCAAAUUUUGUAAAAUCUGAAAAUUUUGGAAGAUCAAGAAAAUCUGAAAUUCAUGAAAGAAAUAAUACUAAUCAAAAUAGGGGUAAUAAUGUAGAUCCCUCUGGUGUAGUUACAGGAACAGAUCUAGAUGAAAAUGAAACAAAAAUUAUAAUGCAAAUUAGUAAUAUUUUAGCUAAUUGUAUAUUAAGCGAAAUAAUUUCUAACAUGGUAACAAUGGAGUUUCCUAAUAAAUAUUAUCCACAUGAUAAGGAAAAUAUAUUUAUAUCAUUCUUAGAACAAUUACAUAUAUGUGAUGAUUUUAGUUGUACAAAUACAUUAUGUUAUAGAUACUUAGUUAGAUAUAUUAAUGUUUUAGUUCAAAAUACUGUAUUAAGAAUAUUUUUUUUAAGAAAUUACAAAUUUUUAGAUAAUAGUGUUAUUGAUUAUUCCAAAAUAUACACAAUUUUUAAAUUAAUCUGUACCUUUACACCUUGUUAUAAUUCUCAAAUUAUCAAAAUAUCUUGCGUGUUUAUGGUUUUCGUACUUAUGAAUAAGACUUUAAAUCGAAAUAUACAAGAUUAUUCAAUGGAUUGGGACCAUCCAUAUUUUGAAAAAUUAAAAGAAAAUUAUUACCCAAGCAGUGAUCCAGUAAGAGAUGGACUUAGAAAACCAAAUCAUAUGUUUGGAGUCCCAAUAGAUGUACUACGUUUUAUAGUACCAAACCUUGAUGAAUGUAGACCACAAGAUUUUACUUACCGUCCUGCAUAUAAACCCUUUGAAAAUUUAUAUUAUAUGCUAGAUGGUAGUGUUCGUAUUAUCCGUGAUCAUAUACAAUAUACUUUUUAUGUUCACAAUAUUUGUUCUAAGAAGAUGCGUUACAAGAGAAGAAAGAUAAGCCCAUUUAAUAAAAUUUUAUAUAAAAAUUUUAAAUUCAUAAAAAAACAAUUUACUUUGUUUCCUCUUCGAAACAUAUUAAAUUUAUCUCAUUAUUCGACUAUAUUCCAAAAUGAUAUUCUUGUAUUAGUAAACAAAAUAUUAACCUCUUACGAAUGGCAUGGAUAUGGUGCUUAUCAAUCAUUUAUAAGUAAGUGGAAAUUUAAGAAAAAAUAUUCUAAGUCCUAUACAUCUAAUAAAAGUAUUGAUGAAAAUAUUAGAAGCAUAGAAGAUGACUUAGCUAGUUUAGAUGAACGCAAAAAAAAAAAUAUUAAUGAACCAAAUAAAUUAUUUGGUAAAAAUAAUGAAAACAACACAAGUACUAAUAAUAAGAAGAUAGUAGAACAAAAUCAUCCAAAAUCUGUUGGCACAACUCCACAAAGAAACAAAAAAAAAUUAUAUUGUAAAUCAAAUGGGCAACGAAAUUCUAGACAAAUUCCAGAAGAAAGAAAUAUUAACAUAAAUUCACUAAUUAAUAGUUUUAAAUAUGAUAAAUCAGAUGAUAAAAUAAAAUGUGAAGAAAGUAGUAGUUCAAAUUAUGAAGAGGGAAAUAGUUCAAGUUAUGACGAGGGGAAUAAUUCAAGUGAUAAAAAUAUUAGUAAUAUAAAUAAUGAAAAUACAAAUUCGUCAUAUAAUAAUUCAAUAGGUGUUUUCUAUGGAGAUUAUAAAAAUUUCAAACCUUUUCAUAAGUACAUAUACAAUAAACUUGAAAAUGAUAUAAAUAAAACAAGUGAAAUGUAUAAUGUUAUAAAACAUUGGUUAAGUAUUUUGGAGAGGACCAAUAGAAUGAAUACGAUACAUGGUGUAAAUAAGAUGAACGAUGUUAAUAAAGUGAACGAUGUGAAUAAGAUGAACAGUGUUAAUAAAGUGAACGAUGUGAAUAAGACCAAUAACAUGAAUAAGAUACAUGGCUUGAAUAAGGUGAAUGAAGUAAAUACGUUAAAUGAAGUAAAUAAAUUGAAUGAAGUAAAUAAGUUGAAUGAAGUAAAUAAGUUGAAUGAAGUAAAUAAAUUGAAUGAAGUAAAUAAUUUGAAUGAGGUAAAUAAAUUGAAUGAGGUAAAUGUGAUGAAUGAAGUAAAUAAGUUGAAUGAAGUAAAUACGUUAAAUGAAGUAAAUAAAUUGAAUGAGGUAAAUAAAUUGAAUGAGGUAAAUGUGAUGAAUGAAGUAAAUACGUUAAAUGAAGUAAAUACGUUAAAUGAAGUAAAUAUGUUAAAUGAAGUAAAUACGUUAAAUGAAGUAAAUGUGAUGAAUGAGGUAAAUAAAUUGAAUGAGGUAAAUGUGAUGAAUGAAGUGAAUGUGGUCAAAGACUCAAAUAAUAUGAAUGAUGCAAAUAAUUCAAGUGAUGUUAAUAAUUCAAGUGAUGCUAGUAAUUCAAGUGAUGUUAAUAAUUCAAGUGACACUAAUAAUUCAAAUGAUGCUAAUAAUUCAAAUGAUGCAAAUUAUCCAAAUGAUGAAAGCAAUACAAAUAAUAAUACAUCAAAUAGCACAAAUAAUUCAAAUAAUAAUACAUCAUUUAGUUCGAAGAACACCACAACCAGUAGCGAAAAUAAUGAUUCAUUAGAAAAUAAAAGAAAUGAAGAAGAUGAAGAUGAAGAAGACGAUCAAAAAGAUAUACAGAAAGAAAAAAAUAAUUUAGAACAUGAAGAUAUGAGUUCAUACAAAGAUAGAAAUAAAAAUAAUGAAACAAAUAUUAAUGAACAAGAUAAAUUUCAUUUAUCAAAUGAUUUGGGAAAAAUAUAUGAUACAUAUAACCAAGGAGAUGAAGUUGUUGUAUCCAAGAAUAAAGACAAAUUAGAAAAGCAUUUGGAUGAUUACAGGAGUUAUUAUUAUUUAUCUAAAGCAACACUCAUGGACAAAAUUGGAGAAUCACAAAAUAAUAACAACUAUAAUGUAACUAUUUCAAAUGAACUUGGAAAUAAUGAAUCUAUAAAACCAAAUUAUGAUAAGAAUGAUAAUAUAAAAGAACAAAAUGAUUCAAACGUAUUUAAGAAUAGUGAUCAUUAUAAUUCAUCUUAUGAUAAUGUACACACUGUUAAUGAAAAUAAUAUGAUAUUUAAAGAUUCCUCAAGACAAGAUAAUUUGGAGAUACAAACAAGUGGAGAAAACAAGCAAUAUUUAUUUAGCUUAGAUAAUAAUGAUGAUAAUGAUAUUGAUGAUGAUAAUAAAAAUAAUAAUAAUAUAAAUAAUAAUAUGAAUAAUCAACACAAUUAUCAAGAGAAUAAUAUUACCACAAAUAAUAACUUUUUUUACACUCCUAAUUGCCAAAUGCAAAACAAUUCAUAUAUGAGUGGAAAUGAAUUGUAUCAACCAUUAUAUAAUACAUAUCCUUCAAAUGUUAUCGAAGAAAAUUCUUCUAUAAAUAACAACUUCAUUAGUGCAUCAUCUUACAUGAAUAACAACAACAGCACUAAUAAUACAUUCAUUUCAUGUAUGAAUUCUAAUUUAAGUUCUAAUAUUUCCAAUAAUAAUAAUAACACAUAUUCAUAUAAUUUAUAUAGCUCAACGAAUAAUACUUGUAUAAAUAACGACGAAGAAAUAGGAAAUAAUGAUAUUAAUUCAAACAUAUUGUCAAAUAAUACUGUUAUUAAUAAUUAUGCAGGUAACAAUCAAAUGCAAGAAUCCUAUAUAACACCAAACACGGAAUUUACUAAUAAUAUAUCAAGCCAAACACAUCCAAAUUUACAAUAUUAUACACAAUUCCCAAAUAAUAUUGAAAACAAUAAUUAUUAUAAUCUUCAAAGUGGAAAUAAUGAAGUGGAAACACAACAUAUCUCCCAAGAAAAUAAUACAUCUCGUUUAAAUGAAGAAUAUAUGAAUAAUAAUGUCCUGAAUAAUAAUGUGAACGCUUAUAAUAGAUAUGAAUAUAAUAAUAAUCAGAAUAAUGAAAAUGAGAACAUUAAUGGUACCAAUUUUCUUAAUGGUUCUGAAUGGAACAACAACAUGAUUAAUAUUUCUAAUGUUCAGAAUUCUCAAAGCAAUGAAGCGUAUUGUAAUAACAUCCAACCUAAUGUAGAUCACUCUAAUAUAAAUCAGAAUUAUAGAAUUUCUAUUGAAAAUAAUAAUAUCACAGAUAACAACCUUAAUGAAAAUAAUGGAACUACUGGAAAUAAUACAUAUAUUUACAAUAAUUUUAUGUAUAAUAGCCAGAACAACAUUUUUGAAGGACAGGGAAAUAAAACACUUUUGGAUUAUAACAACAUUAUGUCAACUGGUAUAACAUCCAAUGGAUAUGUAACUAAUACAAAUAAUGGAAUAAAUAAUAUGAAUAAUAAUGUACAAAAUAGUUUAGAAAAUAAUUAUAUUGGAAAUAUGAAUAAUUCGAUAAAUCAAAUAGAAAUGGGUUCUAACAAUUUUGCAUAUAUGAAUGAGAAUAAUUUAUGUAAUAUUAAUAAUGAUAAAAAUAAUGAUAAUAAUAAUAAUAAUAAUGAUACUAAUAAUAAUAAUGAUAAUAAUAAUAAUAAUGAUAAUAAUAAUAAUAACAAUAAUUAUGCAUAUAAUAUUAAAAAUCAUGAUAAUUUAUUAAAUGGAAUAAAUCAGAAUGAAUCUAAUAAUGUAUGUGGUAUAUUUAUGUCUGAUAACAAUAUACAAAGUAUAACAUCAAAUGAAGGUUCCUAUAAUAAUAACUCAUUAUCGGUAUAUAGAACAACAGUUAAUGGAUUAGAAUUUAAUAAUAACAAUUCGAAUAAUUUAUAUUUUAACAAUAAUUCUAUGACAGGAUGUAAUAUCUUGAAUAAUAAUGUAGGAAAUGAUAACAAUAUAACUAUGUCUAAUAAUAUGAUACACAACGAAGUGUCAAACCAAACGAAUAAUAAUAAUUCUUUUAAUCCAGUCAAUGAAAGCAAUAAUUUUAACAACUAUACGAAUAUUAAUAAUUAUCAUGGAAAUAUGGCUUUAUUACCUUCACAACAAAACAUACAAAAUAAUGAUGUGUUUCCUUCAAAUAGCUAUGGAAAUAUAACUAUGAUGAGUAAUGAUAAUAAUUCAGCAUAUUCCAAUAAUUCAAACUAUUAUGUAAAUUCUAUAAGCAAUGAUAACAAUUAUAGUAUGAUGAAUAAUUUCAAUUCCUUUCAAAAUACAACUGAAUAUGUGGUACCUCAAACAUCGUAUAAUAAUAGUCUUGGAGAUAAUGGAACAAGAACAACAACAUAUCCACAUGUAAGUGUAAACAACUUUAAUGUAUAUCCAAACAUGUAUAAUGAAAAUAAUACAAAUAAUAACAUUUUCCAAGCAUAUCCAAAUAAUGUAAUUCCUCCAUAUAAUUUAUCAAAUAACAUAGAGAAUAAUAAUUAUUCAUAUACUGGAUAUAAUUAUACGAAUGCUGGUUCAAGCAUUAGUAAUAAUAUGAACAUUUUUACAAAUCUAAUGGAUACGCAUUAUAACAUUAGCAAUUCAAAUAAUCAUAAUGUUGAAGAACAGACACAAGAACCUGUAGUUGAAUAUAAUAAUAAUAUUGGUACAAAUUUUAAUACAUCUCAGAAUAAUAUUAACAAUAAUAAUUUUACUAUUAAUAAUAAUAACAUGAAUAAUAAUAAUAGUAAUAUUAAUAUUAUAUAUAAUAAUAAUAAUAAUAAUAAUAAUAAUGGCCAAAAGAAUAACCUAACAGAAGUACCAGAUUCUAAUAUUAAUACCCCUUCAUCUUAUAAUAUAAGCACCAGAAGGAGAAGAAGAAUUGGAAAUAAUGGACCACCAAGUGCUGAAGAAUUAAAUAGACUACUUAAUGUACAACACUUGACCAUACCAGAAAUAGCUACUAUUUAUGGAGUUCACAGAACAACUAUAGCCAGAUGGUGUAAUAUAAGGAAUAUUACAUCAAAUUCUAUGAGUAAUUCCCCAGGGAAAAGAAAAAGAAAUGAAUAUAACAAAUAA